AUCCGCUACUGUGACUGUUGUGAGGACACCAGCCAGCUGACUGAGGGACGUUCUUUAUUUAUCUUAUACAUGUUUAAAAUGAACUGUCCCUCAGUUACAGGAAGUGACGUCACAGCACCGACUCCUUUUGUCUGACGACCUUAUCCGGAGGAAGUGAAGCUCAGACGAGGCAGCUGCUUAACCGGAGGGGGAAAAAAAUCUUCGAAGAGAAAAAAACAAAAAAAAAACGGAGAGGGGCAAAAAAACAAAAAAACUUCAGUGGUUUGCAGGAAUUCGGACAAAUUUGGAAAAUUGUGUCCAAACCGUCCGGACCCACAGGAGUUCCGGGGAGGCAGACGGAGUCGUCGGCACCGAAAUGAUGGAAGAUUCACAUUUUAAUUCGUCAUAUUUCUGGUCUCCCGUGCCCACUAUGCAGGGACAGAUUGAAAAUGCCAUGUUCCUGAACAAGGUGAAAGAGCAACAGGAAAAGAAUGCUGCCUUCUCCUCUUCCUCUGCAUCCCACUACCAGACAGCUCUUCUCACCAUCCCCACUCCUGGGGCCAAGACAGAUGGAGGAGGGCAGGCUGCUGGUGUGGCACAUCUCCACCCUCCUCACAGCACCCAGAACAUCACGGUGUUGCCCGUCCCCUCCACGGGCAUCAUGACAGCAGCUGGUCUAGUCAUCACAACUCCGCAGGGAACACUCGUCUCCCCAACCUCGUCUCAGUCGUUCGUCUCGGGUCAUCCAGCGACAACCAUGAUUGUGUCCGCACUCCAUUCUCCAGACAAAAAAGAUGGGGACGGGAUGUCCCAUGUUGUUGUGAUGCCGGCGCCCUCAAAACGAGGCAGAAAAAGGAAGACGACAAUUUCCAGAAUAAGCGGACAAGGAAAUGAAACACUAGUACUGGCACAUCUGACAGCUGGCGGCCAGGUGGCAUCUUUGCAGCAUCACGGUAGAGACCCAUAUGACCUAUCAAAUGAGGAUGACGACCAUGGUCCAAAAGAUAGCACUAAGACAUACAGGUGCCGGAUGUGUGCGGCGACCUUCUUCAGUAAGUCUGAUAUGCAGAUCCACUCCAAGUCGCACACAGAGGCCAAACCUCACAAGUGUCCUCACUGCGCCAAGUCAUUCGCCAACUCCAGCUACCUGGCCCAGCACAUCCGCAUCCACAGCGGGGCCAAGCCUUACACCUGCUCCUACUGCCAGAAAUCUUUCAGGCAGCUCAGUCAUUUACAGCAGCACUCACGGAAUCACACAGAGUCAAAGCCUCACAAGUGUCCACAUUGUACCAAGUCUUUUGCCAACUCUAGCUACCUGGCCCAACACAUCCGUAUCCACACCGGGGUGAAACCCUACUCCUGCUCCUACUGUCAAAAGUGCUUCAGACAGCUCAGUCACCUUCAGCAACACAACAGGAUUCACACCGGAGAUCGACCAUACAAGUGCUCCCAUCCAGGCUGUGAGAAAUCCUUCACGCAGCUCUCAAAUUUACAGUCCCACCGGCGUCAGCACAACAAAGACAAACCCUACAAGUGCACCAACUGCAAUAAAGGAUACAUAGACUCAGCGAGCCUGGAGGUGCACAUGUCCACACACACUGUCAAACACGCCCGGAUCUACUCCUGUAGUCUCUGCAACCGCACUUAUACCUCAGUAAGACAAAUGUCUAUUUCUGAAGAGUAUUUCUACAUCAAAAACUAUGAAUCACCUCACUGGCAACAUACACCUGGCAGCUACUUUACACCGUGUAGUCAUGUGUCCACUGUUUCCCCUCUACCUAUCCUCCCCUCAUCUCAGGAGACGUAUCUGGUGAAACACAUGGAGAAACACAACCCAGACCAGCUGACUGCGCCGGCAGUCGUGGCAGCACAGGCGGCACAACAGAACCAGAACCAGGGCCAGGCUGGCGCUCAGAGCCGGGUAGAGAGCUCAGACGGGGGAUCGAGCCGCUCUGCGGGAGCUGGAAGCGGAAGAUUGGGUGGAGGCCAGCAGGGACAGAGUCAGAGUAACUACCCCCAGUCAGAAAACAUCUGUCCAUUUGACCUGCACCAGUAUAAGACAGUGUCUGCCAGUGACCUCCAAUACAAACAAGUCAGUGUGGCUGACAUUACUUCUCACAAGGACCUCUGUCUCACUGUGUCAGCAUCUUCCAUUCAAGUGGAGCACCUCAACUCUUAAGAGGUGGUGAAAGGAGGGAGUGUUGGGGAUGUGGAAGAUAGAAUUAAUUCAAAAAUGUGAGAAAUGAAGGCUGGAGAGUUAAAGGAUAAAAAGCAAUACUAAGAUGACACAAAAACGUUGGAACAUGUGACUGUGCCUGUGCCUGAGCGAUGUUUUGAGGCAAGCAGGACAAAUUAAUGGUGACACAGUAUACCGAAGGCUAUAAUUAUUUUUUUUUGUCUCUUAUUUUUCUUUCUGCCUUCUUUGAUUUGUUUUCCUUUUGCUUAGCUGCCCUGUCUUAGUAUAAAAUGCAUGUAAAAGCUGCAAUAAAGUAUGUCAGUCCAUCACAGUGAUGGUUUUUACAAUAGGAAGACGGUCAAAGAAACAGUGCUUCUGUUGUUUAAUCACCUCCCGCUCUUCCCUACAAACCGCUUUGGCCAUAGCAGUCUCUGUUGAUGAAAUUGGUAGUUGAUUGUGAAGGUGAAUUGUUAUACUUUCAUACAGAAUCAUUCAGUUUUUACUCGGUGUUAUUAUCUUUAUUAUGUUAUAUAUAAUAAAAAAUACAUGGCUGCAAUUCAUUCUUUUUCACCUUAAAAGGGAUGUAGAGGUUAUUUCUUUUUCAGGAAAGAAAAAUAUCAAUCAAGUAUAUAAAGAUAUAUACUACCAGUUUAAAAAUAAUAAUUGUGUGUUUAAAGGAUGUGGCAAUCCAUAUAACCUAUUCAGACCCAUUGGCAGGCCUUCACAUGACCUUCGGGGGAGUAAUGUGCCAGUUCAUGUUCCAUGUUAUCCUAUUGUACUGCUUUGUGCAUAUGUUCUAAAAGUAAUGUUAUCCAAAUGUGUACUUGCUAUUAUAUUACCACAAUAACAUUUAUAAGACUUCUUUAUAGACAUACUGACACAUCUGAGUGUGUGUGGGGUUUUUCCUGCUUUUAUACAAUAAACCAUCUGAAAUAUU